AUGGGCUGGUUAUCAUUUGGCUCGCAGAAAACAGAAAUACCACCAGCUUCUCCUCCAUUAGCUUCUCCAAACUUAGAACACAAGUCACAUCAGCAACUUCCCCAACCGUCAUCAAAUGCAAGACAGUUGAUUAAUGAUAGUUCCGACAUUGAAACAACAUUAAACCAAUUAAGUUCAGACUCUCAAUCAAAUGAAAUCAAACUUAAGAACGUCAAUGAUGUAACGAAUUUUAAGGACGCUGACUCAACGGUAGGAGACUUUAUUCACAAUUAUCCGCCCACCAAUAUGUUUGUUAUAGAUGGAGAAAAGGAUAUCAAAGAAAGCAUUAUAUGUACGUCGAAUAGAGAUGGGGGCAAAACUUGUCUUAAAUUAAAGAUAAACUCAAUUGAGUUAUUUAAGAUUAUGCAAAAGCACGAGUACUUUUGUUCUUUGCCCAAUGAUAUCAAUGCUACGUAUUUUGAGUGUAGAAAGAUCAAAUAA